AAGCGGAUGAUAUCGUAAAAGAUGUCAUUGACGAUCCUGAUUUGGAGGAAGCUUUUGCGGGAACUUAUAUAAGGGUAACUGGUCAUAAUGAUAGAGUAGCCGUUUACACUGUAGACUUCCAUCAGGUCCCAAAUGUAUUCAAUGAUCCUAGGAUAAUUCCCAUUCACAAUUUAAUAGCGUUUGUACCAACUGUAAAUCACCUUUCUCUACCUGGAUUACAAGAUAGACAGAGAUCAUUAAGAAGAAUAGCCGAUGAACAUAAUCCAAUGUUUGUUACUAUUUUCAUUGAUGUAAGACUUAAUAAUAAUGUUGUAGCUUUAUAUCAUGAAUAUGAAAAUCAGAAUAGAGAAUUUAUACAAGCUAUAGUAGAAGAACCCGAACUACAACAUCCCCUUCCAAUUUUUGAACCAAUCCCUGCAUUAGCUGGUGAUGGUUUUACUAACUUAGCUGAAGAUGUAACGUGCUCAUUGGGCUUUUGGGCAAAAAGAGAGGAAACAGAGGAGAAUGUUUUUGUAUCUUCAGGACGCUGUUAUCGAUUUGAUCAUGAUUAUUAUCUUAAACCGUGGGCUUUACAAAAUUUACCUUUACCAGAUGUACGUAAUCAUAUUGGACAAAUGGAUAGAAGAAGAGGUCAUAAUGAUAUCGAUUUCAGUAUCCUCAGAGUAGUAGGUGAUGUCGAGCCAACUGCGUUUGUAAAGAAUGUUGAUUCUCCUGAUUUUACAGAGCUCCCACAUAGUGCCCUCUUUUUUGAUGGAAUUGAUCCUUAUAGAGUUAAAUAUGUUAUAGACAUGGAUAGUAAUAUUGGAGAUCUUGGAGGACCUGUAUAUCAUCACUAUGAACGUGCUCGUGUGAGUGUAUAUGGUAUAAUCAGUGGUAAUAUAGGAGAUAUCACGUUAUCGACAGAUGUAGAUUUAAUUCUUGAACAGGCCCAUGUGCAAUUUGUUAAUUACCUUGGAGAA